AUGGCUGCCUCGAUCCAGUCCCUGCGUUCGUUAGUGUUCACGACAUAUAAACGGGCGCUAAAGGCCGGAGCAUUAACAUUCGCCGAGAUCGAAGUUCAUAACAUAGCUCACGAUGGAAUAAAUUAUGAAAUCCGAUAUGCUCCAAACCUUCUCAAAAAACCCAUGGCCGCACAUAAUCCAUCCCAUUCUACCCCUCCAAACCCAACUCCAAAAUCAAAUCCCUUCUUGCCCCCAAACCCAGCUCUCUAUGUCACAGCUGUCCCUCGUUCACAUUAUCUCGUUCUAAAUAAAUUCCCGGUUAUUCCCGGUCAUUUUAUUUUAGCGACCACCGAGUUCGAGAAACAGGGGUGUCCUCUAACAGUGGGCGAUCUAGAAGCAGUUCUAAGUGUCCUAAAGGGUUGGGAGAGUGAUAACAAUGACCAAACGGGGGUACACGAUGAAGCGGGAGAACAUCAAUGUUUAUAUGGGUUCUUCAACAGCGGGAAGGAGUCUGGAGCCAGCCAACCGCAUCGUCAUUUACAAUUUAUACCGUUAACACAGCCAGAAAUGGACGGACUCUGGGCGAAGCAGAUAUUUGAUGCAAACCCCGGCGAGAGUGGUGUAGUGGAAAGUAAGGUUGGAGACCUGAAGGUUCGGUAUCAAAGUAAAGUCAUGUAUAAGCAUUACCUUAUGAAGAUACACGAAGGCUGCAAACCAGAGGAAUUAUGGGGAAUGUACUCCACUCUACUAUCGUUGGCAGAAUACACUCUAUUACAUCCCACGACACCUGCAGAUGUUGUGCUCAGAGAGGUAGAUAAACAAUGGGACUCAAUUUUGACGAUGCAGAGACCGAUGGAUGUCGAUGUAUCAUUUAGUUACAACAUGGCAUUCACAAAAGGGUGGAUGGGGAUUUUACCAAGAACCACGGAGACUGUAUAUGUGGUUGACCAAGACGAGGAGAGCGGUGCAGUUGUGGAUGGAGUUGCAAUCAAAUGUCCAGGCUUGAAUUUGAAUGGAACAGCCAUGGCCGGGAUGACAUUGGUACGAACGAAAAAAGAAAUGGAUGUGGUCCUAGCUGAUCCAGGACACAUCGCGAGGACCAUGGGGGGUAUCGGAGUGCCCCAGCAGGAGGCUCACAGGGCUUCGCUAUGA